GAUUAGACCAGGUGAAAGUUGUUGCUGUCACUUGUCUGGGAAUUACUAGUUCCUUGCUCACUGGCAAGAAGUUUGAUGUUUGCAUCAUGGAUGAAGCUGGGCAGAUCACUCUCAUGGUAUGUGUCAAGUGGGAGUUUUUGAUUAUGCUAAAGAAUGCAAACAGUUGUUGAAAGUAAGAAAAUGAAGUUUAUUUAGUUUAAUGACGGAUGGAUCUACUGUCCAUGUCAGAUAUCACUUGGACCUUUGAUGUUUAGUUCGACUUGUGUUCUUGUUGGUGAUCACUAUCAACUACCCUCACUUGUUCUAACAAAGUUCAGAUCUUUGUCUUCAUCCAGUUUGGUUCACUUUGCUGCUGACAUCUUAUAUCUCAUUCAAGUGAUUGUUUGAUGAAUCAAUUUGUAGAGUGCAGAGGCUCGAGAGAAUGGAAUGGGGAUAAGUUUGUUCUGCAAGCUUUUGUGAAGCGCAUCCCGAAGCAAUUUCAGCUUUGCAGAGUCAGGUAUCCUUUCAUCAUUGUAAUCAAAACAUGUACACAUGAUUUUUUUCUUCCUUUUUUGCCAAGUAUGAUUUGAAUAAUUUGUCUCCAUGCAGGCCUUGAAUCCAGACAGAGCUGUGGUUCAUCAACACAGACAUGCAUGCUGCCUACGCUUGUGGCAAAAUGUUCGAAGUCGUUGAAGAACCUAAUGGAAGCUUACAUGGUCGGUGAGAUAGUCAACGUACUGACAAGCAGUGGGACCGAUGGCAAAGAUAUUGGAAUCAUCACCCCAUACAACUCACAGGCAAACCUUAUCAAGGCUGUUAUUCUUCCAAUUUCUGUGGAAGUGCAUACGAUCGAUAAGUAUACCAGGGUAGAGAUAAGGACUGCAUAAUUGUUUCUUUCGUGCGGUCCGGCCAAUAUCCCGGCAGUCACAGUUCUUCACUGCUUGGAGACUGGCAUCGGAUCAAUGUGGCAAUCACAAGAGCCAAGGUAGCAAAUAACAGAAACAUAUGCAUGUGCAUACAGGAUUCAGGUCAAUUACAUUAAUGGUUUUUGCAUUGUGCAGAAGGAGUUGAUCAUGGUGGGUUCGUGCAGAACACUGUCAAAGGUGCCAUUGCUGAAGCUUCUGGUGGAGAAGGUCGAAGAGCAAGCCGGCAUUUUGAAUCUGAGCAACAAUAAUAUAAAACUACAAGAACUGGAAAAGCUGGGAUAAGGCGCAGUAGCUAAAGGGCUGUAGUUUAGAUGAUUGGAUAGAUUGUGUAAAUAGUAAUUUUGGUGCUAAACUUUAUGUAAUUUUGUUAUAGCAAAUGUGACACAGGAAGGUUUUUGUAGUAAGCCAUCUAAUAAAAUCUAAUGCCUAUGCCUAACCAACUCCAGCAGGUAAGCAUCUAAGCCAUGGAUUCUCUUCAAUCGUAUUUAGUACAACUGGUCACGGACCCGGCCAAUUGGCCGGUUUCAGUAAUCAAUUACGUAAACAACA